UAAGGAAAUUUUAGCUGUCAAAUGCAAUCGAUUAGUCAUUUCUCUGCAAAUCUGUUCAAUAUCGAGCUUAUUUCGAUAUAAGUGACUAUUGUGAUAACAAUACUGAGCAGAAGGUACAAAUGAGUAAUUCUCAGGUUACUCUCAGUACAAUUAAUGAAGAAAACGAGAGUGAAAUUUCUUUUCUCACUUUAACGCAUAGUGAAAAUAAUGACGGAGAACAAAAAGAAGUAUCUUCAACAAGUGAUCAUCAAGAAUCUAAAACAAAGACGGAAUCGAAAAAUUUCAGUAUUGAUAGCAAUGCUUCCUCGUACAAAUGCUUCAAAGAAAUCAUGAUGUCCAGUAGUUCUAUUUUUCAGAAUCCCUUUUACUUCUUUCCAGAUCUUGAAGAUCCAGGUAUAGAAGAUGCUCUUGAACUGAAAGCACAACCUCCUCCAGAAGAUUAUGGAUGCCAAGCUUAUAGAGAUAUGUGCAAAAAUAUGAACAUUUAUCCGAUAAGCAAAGUUUGUAAUUCAUUGACUACGGAAGAAUUGAACUUGAAAUUUUACGUUCCAUUCGAAAUGCAGAUGAAGGCGAUUUGCAGAACUCUAGAAAGUAAUAAGUUCAUACGUGAACUGAACCUUCAAGAUAACUGGUUAUCUGUGGAAUCUUGUACUUAUUUAGCUAGUGUUCUUGAGAUAAACAUAACAUUGAAGAUUUUGAAUCUGAAGGAAUGUCGUAUUGGCGUCGAAGGUAUGGCCAUACUAUCCGGUGCUUUGGAGUCGAGUUCUAUCCAAGAAUUGGACCUCAGUUUCAAUUCGUUAGGAAACGAAGGUCUGAGGGAAGGAAAAAGUGGCCUGUCGCUAAAUUACAAUCUAACCAGCCUGAACUUGGGUCAUAACGAGUUCACGGAGGAAGCUGUCGACUAUUUGUACGACAUAUUGGUAGAAGCAUCGCGUUUGAUAAAGCUGGACUUAUCGUGGAACUGCUUCAACACUCCAAAAUGUAUGAAGAAAUUAUGUCAAGGUUUGUUGGAAAAUCCAUCUCUUGAAUGUCUCAUUUUAUCUUGGAAUGGAAUAUCUUCGGAGAAAUCCGUUUUUCCUUUCAUCAGAUAUCUGAAGAAAAGUAGCACACUGAGAUUUUUGGAUUUGAGCAAUAAUUUGAUAGGGGGACCUUCGCUGAAUUUUUUAGUGAAAGGAGUGUCUCAAAGUAAUUCUUUGGAACAUCUUAAGAUAGGAAAUAAUGUUAUUUCCCCGCAACAAGCAUUCAAUUGUGCUGAGUUACUGGCCAAACCUAGUGAAAGACCUCUUCAACUAAUCGAUAUGGAGAAUACAGUCGUGCAGAAGAGGUUUCUGAAUCUGAUGGAAAGGAUUAGAGAACAAGGAAAAAACGUAAUCUAUGGAGCGGUUCUUGCAGAUUACGAAAUACAUGGUCCCUAUCUGCCGAAAGUUUUGUUUGGACGAUGCAAAUAUUUAUCUAUGAAGCCCAAGAAGAAGAAGAACCGAGUAGACUUCGGCCAUUUUGUCCUCUCUCUUCCUGAUCAACCUAUGACUUUUGAGGACUUCCAAGAAGCUCUUACGUCCAGGAAACUCAACGUGCUUCUGGACUUAGAUCUUAUAGGAGCAUUGCAGAAUCAGUACAAAAUUAAGAAAUUCUCUAAGAUCGAUUGUUCCCAACUUAAAAGUGACUAUAUGGUUUUAUAUCCUGACACACAGCCAGAACCACCAAAAAUUAAGAAGCCACCUAAAGAGAAGAAAUCUAAGAAAAAAAAGAAAGGAAAACAUGAACCCGUGAAAAAGGAGGAGGUACAUUUUGAUCUCCAAGAAGUUCCUCCAAAGGAAGAGAUAAAAGCUGAAGAAGUUAAUGAAAUGAAGACGUUAUCACUCGUACGUUCAGAUUCAAAGAAGCUGGGAUUUUCGACAGAGAAAAUUGUAAACCCACAAGAUUCCACUACUAAUACAAAAAAUGUUGCAAGUGAAAGAUCCCUCAAGGAGAAGACUUCAUCAAUACUCAAACAGAAAACUGAAUUUGCAGAGGAAACAGGAAAAUCAGCUGAAGAUGUUAAGCCCCAAGAACAAGAAGUUACUACCCUGAAUGCAAGUGAAGUUUUCAUCUUGGAAUCCCCUAAAACUGAAAACGAUCAAGAAAAUUGACACGUAUUAUGAGAAAAUUUUAGAUUAUAAUUGUUUUAUUCAACACUAUACCUACCUAUAAUAUAUAGAUUGAAUUAUAUAAAGUUUUUGGUUCUAAUUAACCGAAAAAUGGCCCUAAGUCAGUGAUAAGGGAAAAUAUGGCCUGCAAUUGCGAUUGAUCUUUUUUUCUCGGGAUUACUUAGACUGACGUGAUAAAUAAUACAUAAUAAUAAUAAUAUAAUAAUAAUAAUUUAUUAAAUCAAAAUACCAUACAGGUGUAUGUAGAUUCAAUCAAAAUACAUACAAACAUGAAGAAAGAACUAUAAUAUUUGAAUUACAACUUCUCAAAAUCACCCUCCUGUAAGAACUCUCCUAUAUUAUAAUAACUUUUAUCAAUAAGAAAAGAUUUAAGUUCUAACAUUUUUUGAUGUUGUAAGUUGUAAGCAGCAAAAUGAAUCUUGGGCAGCCUACACAGAAGAAAUCAUUUUAUAUAAGCUUUUACUCCAUACACAUAAGUCCAUUGUCUCUUGUUCUAUGAUAUUAUCUGACAUUUAUGGCUAGGGUUUUUGUUUUUAUGCUCUGUGUAUGUAAUGAUUGUAAUGACAGCCAUCUAGAUUUUGUGUCUAAUUAAAAAAUCUCAACUUUCUCAAAUACUCCUGAAUAUUUAUCCCAUUUCAUAAGCUCAACUAAUUACUCUGUUCAAAAUGAGUUUCUUCAGUAAAAUAUUUGGGGGUAAAACGGAUGAAGCACCAAGUACGGGG